AUGACGUCGAGUAAGUUGUCGGUCUCUCGCGCCUCCAUUAAGUCUUCUUUUGGCCACUUCUCCUUCUCUUCCUCUCAAACCAACCUCGCCGACCCCGUCUUGCCCAAAUCCCGCCGCAAUCACAGCGUGUCCGAGCCCCUACACGAGCAGCAGCAGCCUGCACUAGCAGACGCCGGUCACCUUGACGCCAGCAGUUACACGCACUCCCGCCCACUGCCUCCCGCAUCCCCGAAACGAUCACAGACCGACACCUCGGUCAACCUCCCCGUGACUGCUGCGAAGAUCAACAGCGGAAACCUGACCUUGACCGUCGAAGAGAAGGAGAAGCCCGCCGAGCCAGUGCUCGCUCCCACCCGGCCCCCCAACAACAGAAAAUCCCGGUCUUGGGGCAACCGCCUGUCUUCUCUGUUCCCCUCGCUCAUCCUCCAACCAACAGAUCAACCCCAAACCCAAACGCCGGCUGCCCAGCCGCAGCAGCAGCUACCGAUUCACCGCAAACCGUUGCCCGACGACUCUCCCGCCUCGUCUCCCUCCGACAGCGCACCCUCCUACCACACGACUGAUAAUCCCACCGUCCGCCCUGUGACGAGCUCGGGUCUUGGUCUUGGCAUCGCUACUCCGACAUUUGAACCCCUCGACACCCCACCACCUCCUCCCUCUGAUGCACCGCCUCCAGUUCCUGGAAAACCCGCUCACUCACCCACGUACCCUCCGACAAUAUCGUCUUCCUCUACUGAUCGCCCUCUGAUCUCUCCUCCCAUACCCCCUUCAUCCACCACUCCAAACAUGAUGGCCGCUCCUCUACCGCCCUCCGAGGCGCCGCCUCCCGUGCCGGCGAAGCUUCGAAAGGAGAAGAACCUGCCGGCACCCCUGCCGGUCCCGCAAACAAACGAUAUUUCGCCCCGCGUCGUCUCUCAGCCCGAGACGACGUCACCUGCGAAGUUGAGAAAGGAAAGUGCCGAGCCUAGAAAGCGUAGCAGCUCCUUCCUCGAGAACCGCAAAUCGGCGUUCCCCUUGUUGGGCGUCCGCGCGCCUUCACCGGGUCCGGAUGCACGAGGCAGGAGCACUUCGGCAAACCCGCCCGGAGCCAGGACCAACACGGGAAGCUCGCAGCAUACGCUACAGACACCUGGGUCUAGCGAGAGCCAGAGCCCGACCCGUGACGAGAGACGUGGACGGCUGCGCAGGAGCUGGCUGCCCGGCGGGGGAAGAUCACGAUCGAAUUCGCAAGAUGUCACCGCGGCGGGCAAGAAUUCCCAGGCAUGGGUAUUGUCGCCGGACACCCCUGGCGAAUACAACACGUCGUUUUUGCUCAAUGCGGAAAAGGUCCCGGAAUUGUGGAACGAAAACGGCAACGUUUGCGUCUACCUCCAACCCAGAAGCAGCAACGCCGGACCGUCCUUCAAGGUUCCUAGCUUCUCCAUCAACAACUCGGUCAUCUUCAACGAGCUCAUCCAGGCCGAAAUGGCCUCGCCGACCAGCAGGAGCAGGGCGAGGAGUUUCGGUGGCCGAGAUAGCCUUUCGGUGGAUGACGCGCGGGCCGGCGGCUCCCCUCCUUUGGAAGGUCAGGAGAGCACCGGCGAUCUCAAGCUGUAUCUGCCGGCGACGCCCCCACAAUACACGCAACCAGGGAAUGGCCAGAUCGGUGGGCCGGGACCCCAGCUCCAUGCCGACGUCGACCGAUUGAUUUCCAUCCGCAACCUUUUUGCGUUUUUGACCGGCCAGCCGCUGGUGGCCACCAAGGCGCACCCCACCACUUUCGCUGCGUUUUUGCAGAUUGCAAAGUUGCUCAAGGAGUAUGGCUUCGCCAGUGCAGACGGCGCUUCUUUCGGCGAGGCGGUCGACCUCAGCUUCGGCUUCUUCAUGGAGCAACUGUCGCUUGCCGACGUCCGCCACAGCCGCGAGAAGACGCUCGAGUCUUUGAUUCUGGGCGAGGCGAUGAGGUCGAUGGAACUCUACAACGAGGCUUUCGCGCACGCCGUUGGCAAGUACACUGCGAUUCUCGACCUGCGCUCGCCCCUGUUUGAGCAAAUAUCCCUCUACACCCGGCAACGCCUCGAGCGCGCGCAUCUGGACCUCGUGAACCGACAGCACAAUGUCAAUAUCAGGCUGGAGCAGUUCGAAUUCCCUUCGAUAUUUGCUGGUAUUGCGAGCUCCACCUCAAACCCCGAGCUCAAGGCUAUCCGCUUCAAGGUCUGGCAAAAGUCCUUCAACAAGAUGAAGCAGUUCGUUCUGGGAUACUACAAGACCACCUUUGGCGCGUGGCCUCCGAAGGCCAGCAGCAAGAAGAAUCCAUUCUCCGAGAGCGGCCUCAACCGCUUGGUGCUGAAGGCCCUCUACUCCGACAUGUGCGGGCUGUAUGACCUCAUCGUGGACCGUGAAAACAUCACCACCAGAGUUAUGGAUGGAAAUGCCAACGAGGAGUCGGGCAAAACGACUGAUUCACCAAUGAUUGUCAACCUGCGCAAGAUGCUUACCGAGUUCGACAACUCGACUCCUCCCGUUCUGCCGCCCAUCCCCUUCGACGUUCCGAAGCUGCCAACGAUGACGACCAUUCUCGCAACCUACGACUCCAUGUCCCAGAAGGAACAGGCCAAGUUCGACCGCAAGGUCAAGGAGCACGAGCUGACGCUUGUCAUCCAAAAGGCGUACAACUGGGAUGCUAACAGCGUCAACAUCCCGUUCCUUGUGGAGUUCAAGGACUUUGAGCAGCACGAGGCAAAGGGCAAGAGCGCUGCCGACCUCGCAGACCAGCGCAUCGGCUACUGGCUCUUCCUCUACGUUGUCAUUCAAUCGCUGCCCAUGCUUGUUGUCGACGCGCCAAACCUCAAGUUCAGCGAGGCCGUCGAGUACUUCCUUUGCGAGCCGCCGAUGGGCAAUCUGCCGUGGCUCGAGGACGCGCGCCAGGUCCGCAAGAUGUGGUACGAAGUCUCGGGCGGCAACGGCUACGUCGAACUCUCGGCCGACAGCGUUCUGUUCAGCGUGGAGGCCGUCUACCACCGGAGCCACUGCUGGCUGGCCGCCAAAGAAUGGGAAGGCCUGAAUGGCGCAGAGGCUCCACCCCCACAAGAGUUUGGCAUGUCUCCCUUGGAACCGCCCCGGCCGGUGUUCCCUGGUCCGGAUGGCAUAGUCAGCAGCCCCGCGUCCGGCACACCGCCCACGCCUGGGUCCCCGCAGUCUCAUCUCCGGCCGCGUAAUGCCUCGCCCGGAGGGCGCCAUCUCGGCAGCCGCAGCGCGCACCGCUCCAGUAUGAUCUUCGGCCUUGAGCCCGUGCCAUUCGACGAGGGCCUGCCGGGCGACCGCACCUCGCGCGUCGCCGGUAGCGCGAGAAGCAGUUCUGCGGGAUCCCGCCCUGUGAGCAUGGUCAUGCCGAGCACGCCUUCCGCCACGAACCUUCGCAACCUGUCCGUUGACCAUACCUAUACCCAGGAAGCCCCCGCGACGUCGACCAUGACGUUUGACGACAUCCUCGGGGGCGGCGAGGAGAAAAAGACGAUCAAAAAGAAGAAGGGCAAGUUCUUCUAA